AUGAUUUUCGAAGAACGGCUUGGUGAUGGGAUAGAUGGUGUUGUGUUCAAGGUGAGCAUCAACAGUGCUCCCUACGCACUUGAAGUGUUUUGGGACGUUGAGAUACCAGGGGAGCGCACCUACUAUGCCAUCCAAAAAGAAUGCUGGAAUUCUGCGCUGUUGCAGAUGAUAGGUGCUGCUAUCGCGCAAUCAGAGGAGCCCAUCUACCUGAAGCCCAAGAUUGAGAGUCGCAAGGAUGCUCUGUACAAUACCCAAGCCUUUUGCAAUGAAGCCCGCCAGAAGCCCCGGUUCAAGAAGCUCCCUGGCGCUGUGCCCAUCACCUCUUUUCCACGAUUUCGAAAAUGCUUUGGCUGGCUCAAAGCAAACAGUACUAGACUUUUCGAAGAUGGCCGAAUGGGCCCUCCUUACGCUCGUGUUGGCCGUGAUCGCCGUGCUAUAACUAGAGACGUCGAGUACUACGCUAUAUUAUAUGAGUAUAUCCCGCCGGGCGAGCAGCACGUGGACAUGGAAGGAUUGCAGGCCCAAAUGGACUUACUCUAUCUCGUAGGCUUUGAUAUAUGCGAUCUCAAGCCUGAAAACUGGAUUGGGGGGAUCCUGGCUGAUAUGGCUGCUCUCGAGAGCCCAUGGGAGAUGCAUUGGUCCCAUCGUGCACACAAGCAUUAUGACGUGAACCGUAUUAGCUUUCUAUCUCAAAGCGUUUGA